GUCAGCAUCAAUUUAAGGGACAAUUCUCUCAAUGGGAUAAUUCCUAUGUCUCUGUUUUUGCUCCCAUUGCUACAACAUAUACAGUUCUCCAACAACAACUUUCAAGGUCAGCUAGCUGCCAUAUCAAGGCGGGCUUAAGAUCCUUCAACUGUCUUCCAACAAGUUCAAUGGCAUGCUGCGGCUGGAUAUGUUUGAGAGACUUCAAAAUCUAACUACGUUAGAUCUUUCAAACAACAACUUGUCAAUUGACGCAAAUGUUAAGAAUGCCAACUGGUUAUUCUUUCCCAACAUGACUAGUGUGAAGUUGGCAUCUUGCAAGUUGAGACAAUUCCCAAGUUUCUUCAGAAAUAUGUCCAGAUUAACCAAUCUAGACCUCUCGAACAAUGAAAUUAAAGGAAAAAUACCCAAGUGGAUUUGGGAGCUUGGCUAUCUUGGUCAAUUAAAUCUUUCUCACAAUUCAAUUCAGGAGAUAGAAAGAGUCCCACAUAAUCUUGGCCCUAACAAUUUGUUUGUGCUUGACCUCCAUGAGAACAACCUCCAAGGCACACUUCCAGCAUUUCCAAAGUCUGCCUCUUAUUUGGACUAUUCUUGUAAUAAUUUCAGCUAUGUUGUCCCCCCUGACAUCGGUAACUAUCUGAAUUUCACAAUUUUUCUUUCUCUGUCACACAAUGCUCUCUAUGAAAGAAUCCCUGAUUCCAUCUGCAGUGCUUCAUAUCUUCAAGUGCUUGAUCUUUCCUACAACAACUUUAAUGGGGCGAUUCCACAUUGUCUAGCAAAAAUUGAGACUCUUGGUGUAUUGAAUUUAGAAAAAAACAAUCUCAGUGGCAAAAUUCCUGAUACUUUUCAAGCUUCAUGUGCUCUUAAGACUCUCGAUCUUAGUGGUAAUAAUUUACAAGGGCCAAUUCCAAAUUCUCUGUCCAAGUGCACCACACUAGAGGUGUUAGACCUUGGAAAUAACAAGAUGGAUGAUCGAUUUCCAUGCUCGUUGAAGAUAAUACCUACACUCCGGGUCCUGAUUUUGCGAAACAACAAUUUCCAUGGUCCUAUUGGAUGUCCAAAUAUGAAGGGAAUGAAUUGGACGAUGCUUCAAAUUGUGGAUCUAGCACUCAACAAUUUUAAUGGAAAGCUGCCAGGAGAAUGUUUUCCGACUUGGAAGGCAAUGAUGCUUGACGAAGAUAAAAUAGCGUCAAAGGAAAUUUCGAUCCACUUCAAUUUCUUUAGAUUUAGUCAAGUGAUCAAUUAUCAGAACCGAGAGAUAAUUACCAUGAAAGGUCAGGAGAUGAACUUGAUUAAAAUUCUAACUAUCUUCACGUCUAUUGACUUUUCAUCCAAUCGUAUUGAAGGGUCAAUACCAGAAGAGAUGAUGAAUUUUACAGCACUCCACGGGCUCAACCUUUCAAAUAAUAAUCUCUCAGGCCUCAUCCCAUCAUCCAUAGGGAAAUUGAAAGAUCUUGAAUCCUUGGACUUGUCAAACAACUCUUUUACCGGAAAGAUUCCAUCACAGCUAGCAAGUUUGUCUUUCCUUUCAUUUAUGAACCUCUCCUGUAAUCACUUGGCAGGGAAAAUCCCAAUAGGCACUCAACUACAAUCAUUCGACGCAUCUUCUUUCGUUGAUAAUAAAGGAUUAUGUGGACCUCCUUUAGUUAGCAAGUGUAGCAGGGAUGAGAGAGGUUCAAAAAAUGGUUGGACAAGUGUUGCAUCCGCGGAUUCAGGGGUUGAAUUUGAUUGGCAGUUUGUAUUUAAAGGAGUGGGUUUUGGGGUUGGAUCAGGAUUGGUCGUUGCUCUCUUGAUGUUUUGGGAUGAAGGGAGGAGCUGGAGCAACAACAGCAUCGAAAAAGUUCUUCUAUUGAUUCUUACUAUGAUUGACUUGGUUACACCCACGAGGGUUUAUGAGGUGGAGAAUGAUAUUGAAGAACAUAAAUCAGGCAUGGCAAGGGAGAAUAAUCAUCACAAUGAAGAAGAUUGUAAUUUUGAUUGUCUAAACUUUGGAGGGAAGUACUGUGUUUUCUGCUCCAAGCUUGGCAUGAGUAUGAAUAAGCCCAGUCAUGACACAUCGUGUACAUGCCAUCUCUCAACAUCAGCUUCACCAUCUACUGGUUCUUCAGAGUCAGAUACCGAUUCCUCUUAGUCACAUUCACUAUGAAAGCUUGCUCUUCUUUUUCUGUUUUGUUCCUUCGCUCCGUGUUGUGUUGUACACACACCACCCAUGUGUAUAAUGAAGCUACUUAAUAAUGAAAAACAACAAUGAGAAUAAACAAUUAAUGAAGUCGCUUUUACUUUGUUUUCGGUGUCUUAUGUGGUAUCAUGUGAUCGACAAAUUAGUAAAAUGCUGCCAAUGCUCAUUCAGGACUUUCAUCAAACAGUUUGAGGCCCCGUUGAUACCCUCACUUGGGCACCAAAAAUUGCAUUUGAAGAAGAUAAGAGCGAAUCUCAGGGUAGCUAGGGAAAAGGAGCUGCUAUAGAAUUCACACUUCACAGGAUAGAGAGACCGAAGUGAUUCUCUUCAGCUUUUUUUCACUUUUUCGUUUUCUUAAUUCUUUCGUCAUAAGUUUGGUUAUAUUUAUUU